CAAUCGUCGUUUUCCUAGCAUUGUUUUGCGAUCCAACUCGAUUUCAUCAUGACCGAUACAGUCUCCACUACACCGGCCCCGGUUGCCGCAUCACCAGCUGCGAAGAAAUCUCCGGCAAAGAAGAAGUUGGCCAGCAAAGCCAAGAAAACCGUGGCUUCGCAUCCGACCACUUCCGUGAUGGUAACCUCUGCCAUCAAAGAGCUCAAGGAGAAGAAAGGUUCGUCGUUGCCAGCUAUCAAAAAAUAUUUGGCCGCCAACUACAAAGUCGAUCCCGCUAAAUUGGCGCCGUUCAUCAGGAAAUUCUUGAAAGCCGCAGUUGCCAACGGUACCGUACUCCAGACCAAGGGUAACGGCGCGUCAGGGCACUUUAAAUUGUCCGUCGCCGAGGCGAAACCCAAAAAGAAGGUGGCAGCGAUUAAGAAGAAGAAGCCAGUCGCCAAGAAACUCAAAGCUCCAGGUACACCCAAAAGGAAACUCGUCGCCACGAAAAAGGUGAAGCCCGCGUCCGGCGAACCUGCAGCUAAAAAAGCGAAGAAGGCCGCCACGCCAAAAAAACCUAAGACACUAAAGCCAAAGAAAUCUCCAGCCAAACCAAAAAAACCAAAAGCGACCACCAAGCCGAAAAAGGCCCCCGUCAAGAAGGCACCGUCUGCGCCUAAAAAGAAAUAAAUAUACCCCUUUGACAUAUCUCAUUAAAACGGUCCUUUUCAGGA